GUUCAGUUUAUGUCAGACUACUUUGCAGGUCCCUGUGUUAACAGAAUCUAAUUAUUAUGGCAGAAUCAUGAUUUCGUUCAGUGUUGAGUCUGUAAAAAUGCAGUAUGACAAAUCUCAUGAAAAUAUAUAAUAUUUCAUUCAAUAAUCCUGUUAGUACGUGUAAAAUCUCUUAAAGAGUUUAAAUCUCUAAGAGAUAUAAUGAGUCUUACAGAGUCAUUAACUCUCUUAAUGAGUAGGUUUAAGCAAUACAUUUGUAAUAACUUACUGUACCGUCACAUGUGCACGUUACAAAUUUGUAUUGGUGUACACCACACUUGUCCCUCUGUGGAGGCAGAUAUAAAGCCACUCAGUGUCACACACCCUUAUAUUCAAACAAGCCUCAUUUAGGACAAGGCAACCCUGAACUAUGCAGAGCCAAAUAGUCACCGUUGCGGCAUUGCUGUUUUGCUGUGGACUGAUAUAUGUGGUCAUUUGGAACAGGAUGCCUAGUUCCUAUGUAGUCCAUCUUCCGACAAGGAAACCGGAAUUAUUUUGGGGAGCGCUUAUAACCCCUCCUGUGACACCGUUGCUGAAUUUGUCUUCUGGAAAAACAACGGCAGGAGCGUCGGUGAAUCGUGCGACUUUAAGGACGUCGGAGCUUAAACAUCGGAUCAACAUAACUCCAAUUCCCAUCCUCUAUAAGAAAAAGUUCACAAAGUUCCCCAAGUGGGACUUCGGUGACGUUUAUAUGCAGAGCAGUGAAGCACGACGGCCGGUCUGUUCAAAGUCUCUCCAGAACUCCAAAGAUAAAGCGUUUCAGGAGGCUGCGAUGUGGAAGAUCCAGCUUUGGCUUCACAACGGCCACCUCAAUGUGAGCGAGUGGAACCGUCUAACGCACUUCAACAACCCGUAUGGGUUUAUGGAAUAUAAUUAUACCGACAUCAAAAGGUCAGUCGAUCUGAUCCCGAAGCCUAAAUACUAUCAGCUUUUACCAGUGCCCAGUGGGUCAACCGAUGGAUGCAUUCGCUGCGCUGUAGUUGGCACCGGUGGCAUUCUCAACGGCUCCAAAAUGGGCACCGAGAUCGACUCUCACGAUUACGUGUUUCGAAUGAACGGAGCGGUCACCAAAGGCUUCGAGGAAGAUGUUGGAAAUAAAACCUCGGUGUACGUGCACACGUCGUUCUCCUUAACUCAGUCCAUUAUAGGACUGGGAGAGUCCUUCAAACGCAUUCCACAUGAUGAGGGAAUUAUAUACGUAAUGAUUCCGGAGGGUCUCAGAGAUUUCGAGUGGCUUGAAGGCCUCCUGGGGAAAAAGAGGAUGACGUACGGAUCCUACAAAGGUUACAGGCCGUUCACCUUCUACAGCGACCGGUUCCGAGAGGAUAAAUUUUAUGUCCUUCACCCUGACUUUCUAAGAUACAUUCGGAACAGAUUCCUGCCAUCUAAAACUCUGGAGACGUCACACUGGGCAAUAUACCGACCGACCAAUGGAGCGUUCACGUUGUUCUUAGCUCUUCACACCUGCGAUAUCGUAAAUGCGUAUGGAUUCAUCACUGCAGACCACAGCAAAUACCCCAACUAUUACAUUCACAGAAACACAAAAACCAGAGUCAUUUUUUACAUCAAUCAUGACUAUAAUGUGGAGAUUAAAACCUGGAAGAAGCUGCAUGACGCUGGAAUCAUCAACCUUUACCAAAGACAGGAAAAACCAAACCCGACUGUGACUUAAUGAACACUUUUAUUUCUGUAUUACUGUAUAUACAUGCACUUAGGUAAAUACAGCUAGGGCAGAGACGUCCAGUGUAUUUAAAAAAAAAUAUAUAUUUUUUUUAAUCAUUUGUUGUUUUUAUUUGAUAAUAUAAUAUAAUAUGGCUUUGUUACUUACAGAAUUAGUGGGUCGUUCAAGUUUUGUUCCACAAUGUGGAAAAGUUGUGCUUGAGCUGUUUUUUCCCCUCUUUGAUUUCAACCUAAUUAAAAUAUGUUUCCUGGGGAAAAAAAAAAAAAAAAGAUCAUCAUAUAUCCAAAACAGUCUGGGCAUUUUUAGUUACUGUCUGAUCUUUUCUUGUUCUAUAUAUAUCCAAGUAUUGCAUAGUAAAAAUGACCGUAUAAAUAUAACUAUUGAAAUAAACUCUGUUUCUACUUUGAAAACAAUAUGAAUAUUUCUGCAUUUUCCGCAAAUUAGUCUAUAACCCAGUAAUUAUGGCUUUCUGCCAG